CAGAGAGAGAGAGAGAGAGAAAGAGGGGGAGGGAGCGUGUGUGUGGUUUCUCCGUCGACAUUCAUUUAAGUGAGAUGUCAUUUUUCGAGUGAUCAGUGAUCGAGGCGAACCUUUCACUGUCGACCGAUUCCAGUCCAAGUUCUUCUUCAUCGAUAUAUAAAACGGUAAAUAAUUUCCCCCCGAAGCCAGGCGGUGACAUCUUUUCAAGUGUUUGAGUCUGAUGUUGUUGCGGAGUGACGUGGACGAGAAACUGAUUCAGAAGAGACAACGGAUCUCCGCUCUUACCUGAAUAUGGUGAAACUACGAUUAUGAGAUAUCAAAAAUAGAAAUACCCAAAUUUCCCAACAUUUUUCCAAUUCAAUGUCUGAAAGUAUGUCCGGAAGGAAACGGAAUCGAAAUCGAGAAGUCGUAGCUGCAUCAUCAGAACCCAUUGGCAUCCGAGGCCCUCGUCCUUUACCCAUAGACAGCAGUCCUGGCGCUGCACCAUUCCAUUACGAUGAAAUUGCUACCCAAGAAAGAGACGCCUGUGACUAUUCCAUUAAAAUCACAUACGAGAUGGCUCUGGCAGGGCAAGGACGCAGGGUCCGAGUUUAUGCUGAUGGUAUCUACGACAUGUUCCACAGUGGCCAUGCCCGACAGCUAAUGCAGGCGAAAAUGGCUUUCCCUAACUCAUAUCUCUUGAUUGGAGUAUGUAAUGAAGAACUAACACAUCUCAUGAAAGGACGCACGGUCAUGGACGAGUUUGAACGUUAUGAAGCAGUUCGGCAUUGUCGUUACGUUGAUGAAUUAAUCACUGACGCUCCCUGGACCAUUACUGAUGAUUUUUUAGAAAAGCACAAGAUUGAUUUUGUUGCCCAUGACGACCUUCCCUAUGCUGCUGUGAACAGUGAAGAUGUCUACAAAGACAUCAAAGCCCGAGGAAUGUUUCUUGCUACUAAAAGAACCGAAGGAAUUUCCACAACAGACAUCAUUGCUCGUAUCAUAAAAGACUACGAUAUGUACGUGCGGAGAAACUUGUCCAGAGGUUAUACUGCUAAAGAGUUGAAUGUGGGUUUCAUGAAGGAAAAGAAGAUCCAAUUUGAAGAUAGAUACGGCAAGCUGAAAGACAAAGGCAAAUCAUUAAGGAGAGGCUUUAUGGAUAAAGGAGGAGAAUUGCUUCAUAAAUGGGAGGAGAAAUCGAAAGAAUUCAUUGGCAAUUUUCUGGACCUUUUUGGCAGAGACGGCAAAAUUAGUACUUGGAUAAAUGAAGGACGCCAACGGAUGGCCAGAGCCAUUUCACCAGGUUCCAGUCCUUCUCGAGAUUUCAGUCCACCAAGUCCACCCAUUUCUUCGAGGUCACCCAGCCCCUCCAGUCCCCCAGCCAAACGAAGUCGUAUGUCGGACAUUGCCAUGGAAGAGGAAGAUAGAGAAGAAGAGAAUUUCAUCAAUGACGAUGAGGAGUAUCCGCUGACGGACUCCGAAGAGGACCAAGAAGAAAUAUUAUCCUCAUUUCCAGAACUCUGGUUUAAAUCUUAGGUGUAUAUUCUGUGCUGAAUCAAGAUAAUUACAGUUGGGGAUUUCAAGAACCUAAAUAGCAUUUUUCUUGGGUCAACCACAGAAUAUUGUUUAUCCAACCUAGUUUUUAAAAGUGCUCUUAGUCACAGAGAAAGAAGUUCUUGCUGUUAAGAAUGUAUCUUGAAGAAUUUAUACAGCCCAAAGGUUUUUUUAGCUUAUAAUGAAUUGAUCUUUAAUUAGUGAGCAAUAUUCUUGAUUUUUGUCAAAAAAUUGCUUGUAGAAAUCUGCUCCAAAAAUGAUAAUCCUCAUAAUUAGCAAAGCUCCUUGUAGGCUGAGUAGAAUUUAACAAUGAGAUUCCAGACGUAUCUCUGAUAGUCUUAAUUCUCAGUGAAAACAGUUUCAAUCUAUUUCAACUUGGGAAUCAACAUUCCUCCUCUUUGAAUUUCUGCUGCUGAUAUAAGAAACGAUGCAAUUUCAUUAACUUGGCUUCACUGAAACUGUAGUGUAGACAUAGAAGGAUAUCUUGCACAGAAAAGCCGUUUUUUAUGUUUUAAGCCUUUUUAGAAAAUGGUUAGUUUCUGGUGAAAUAUAGUUUAAAUUGUCUUUUAAUCAUUAACUAAAGAAUAUAGCUAUCUAGAAUUGGCAAAUGGUGAAAGGAAUGUUCAUAUAAUUCAGAAAGCAAAUUCUUUCUUGAUCGCUCUUUGACAUGUUACAUUGGUGUCAGAUCUUUAGUUUCUAUUUUCCGAAAAUGAUAUUUUGAAGCAAAUUAAAAUGUGAAAUUUUAUUUUAUUUCAGUUUCUAACUGAUUCCACUGGAUGGUAUUUGGCAUCCAGUCAAAGAUGCCUCUAAUUUCAUAAAAGAUAAUCUCUAUAUUCUCUCUCUCUCCCUCACAGCUACUCUCUCUCUCUCUCUCUACGAUUGUUGUAUAUAUUUCUAAGUAAUAAAUUAUUUCAAAACAAA